AUGAAGUUCUUUUCUUUCAUUUUGCAUUUCUCAUGUUCUGUGUUAUUCCUUCAUGUUCCCAAUAACCUUCCUUUAUCUACUGGCUCUCUGUGUUCUGUUUAUUUUUCCUACUUAUUCACCUGUUCUCCAACCUCCCUCCUUGCAGCCGACCACGUGUCAACAUAUGCGGAGUUUGUGCAGACGCACAGCCCCUCUGGGGAGUACAUGUUCCAGUUUGAUGGGGACGAGCAGUUCUACGUGGACCUGGAUAAGAAGGAGACUGUCUGGCGGCUGCCGGAGUUUAUUCACAGCUUUGACUAUGAUGCUCGGAGGGGGAUUGCUGACAUCGUCAUGGCAAGAAAGAACUUGGACACCCUGAUCCAGCGGUCCAACCACACCAGGGCCACGAAUGAGCCCCCGGAGGUGACUGUGUUUCCCAAGGAGCCCGUGGAGCUGGGUCAGCCCAACACCCUCAUCUGCCACGUGGACAAGUUCUUCCCACCCGUGCUCAACGUCACCUGGCUGCGCAACGGGCGGGCGGUGACGGAAGGCGUGGCUGAGACCAUCUUCCUGCCCAGCACAGAGUUCAGGUUCCACAAGUUCCACUACCUGACCUUCGUGCCCUCGGCCGAGGACGUCUACGACUGCCGGGUGGAGCAAUGGGGCCUGGCCGGGCCGCUGCUCGGGCACUGGGAGGCCCAGGAGUCGAUCCAGGUGCCCGAGACAACGGAGACUGUGGUCUGUGCCCUGGGCCUGCUGGUGGGCCUGGCGGGGAUCAUUGCUGGCACCAUCGUCCUGAAGAGCAGGCGACCCGACAGCGUCCCUGGGUGCAGGGGCCCCUGCGACAAGCUGUCCGUGACAGAAGAGGACGGAGGGGAGACGCCAGGGUCAGGCCUACUUUGAAGCUCGAGGUCCCUGAGCCUCUGUAUUCAGCGUCAGUGACUGAGGUCCCCAAGGACCCCUCACCUCCGGCCUGUCUGUGCCCUUUCCCCCACUUGGCAACCUGCGA